CGGAGGAGGCGCUGGGAAGCGGCGGCGGCGGGGAGCGGUGCGCGGUGGGGCGGCAGCUGCUGCGGCUUCGGGGACAUGGCCGGCACCGCUCUCGUGCCCUGGGCGCUGCUUUGGCUGCUGGCGGCGGUGGGUUCGGCCGCCCGGGCACGGACACGCAGGGAAUUGUCCCCGGGUCUGUACGAACACGGGGUGUUCGAUGCCGGCGGCUCGUACUGCCAACGCGGGGAUGUCUGCUGCCGCGGGCGAGACGACGGCUGCACCGUGCCCUACCUGGACACCAUCUGCUACUGCGACCUGUUCUGUAACCGCACCGUGUCCGAUUGCUGCCCCGAUUUCUGGGAGUACUGCCUGGGCAUCCCGGCCCCGUUCCCUAAAGCUCCAGGCUGUGCUCGCUCCGGUCGCACUUACCCCAGCGGAGCCACCUACCGGGACAACUGCAACCUGUGCACCUGCAGCCCUGGAGGGCAGUGGCAGUGUGAGGAUCACGCGUGUCUCAUGGACGGGGACCUCAUCGAUGCCGUCAAUAGGGGAAAUUAUGGGUGGAGAGCGGCCAAUUACAGCCAGUUUUGGGGCAUGACACUGGAGGACGGGAUGCGCUACCGCCUGGGCACCUUCCGGCCACCCCCCACCGUCAUGAACAUGAAUGAGAUGCACAUGGCCAUGGACUCCAACGAGGUGCUGCCCCGACACUUUGAUGCAGCCACAAAAUGGCCCGGGAUGAUCCACGAACCCCUGGACCAGGGCAACUGUGCCGGCUCCUGGGCCUUCUCCACAGCAGCCGUGGCCUCUGACCGCAUCUCCAUCCAUUCCAUGGGGCACAUGACACCAUCCCUGUCCCCACAAAACCUCCUGUCCUGUGACACAAGAAACCAGCAGGGCUGCAGUGGGGGCCGGCUGGAUGGAGCCUGGUGGUACCUGCGCAGGAGGGGGGUGGUGACAGAUGAGUGCUACCCCUUCACCAGCCAGGACAGCCAGCCCGCAGCACAGCCCUGCAUGAUGCACAGCCGCUCCACGGGUCGGGGCAAACGACAGGCAACAGCACGAUGCCCCAACCCCCAGACCCACGCCAACGACAUCUACCAGUCCACCCCUGCCUAUCGCCUGGCCCCCAGCGAGAAGGAGAUAAUGAAGGAGCUGAUGGAGAACGGCCCUGUGCAAGCCAUCCUGGAGGUGCACGAGGAUUUCUUCCUGUACAAGAGUGGGGUCUAUCAGCACACAGCCGUGGCUGAGGGGAAGGGGCCGAAGCACCAGCGGCAUGGCACACACUCAGUGAAAAUCACAGGGUGGGGUGAGGAGCAGCUGCCCGAUGGCCGGAUCCAAAAGUACUGGACCGCAGCCAACUCGUGGGGCAGAGCGUGGGGUGAGGACGGACAUUUCCGCAUCGCACGAGGAGUCAACGAGUGUGAGGUGGAGAGCUUCGUGGUGGGCGUGUGGGGCCGCGUCAGCGUGGAGGACAUGCCCCAUAAGUGAGCACCCCGGCACCGCAGACCCCAUUGGAGCUGCCCUUGUCCCUGCCCUGCACUGCAGUCCCUCCCUGCCCCAUCCCCAGCAGGGACACCCCGGGUCGGACCCCUCGUGCUGCCGGGUGCUGACACAGCGGCCGGGUGCAGUGGGCCGUGAAUGGGGCGUGGGGCCGGGGUGGGGGGCAUCGCAAUGACUGUGGGAUGGAGGAUUUAGUCACUAAUCCAGCCCAGGCUCAGCCAGCUUUGUUGGCAGCCGGGGGCUCUUCAAAGGCAACCACCCCUGCCCUGGGUGUCUGAGCCCCCCCUGGUCCUGCACAUAGGGCAGCAGGAGCUGUAGGACCCCCAAGGCCCAGCACAGCUCCUGCAGCGAGUGGGGGGGAACCAUCUGAGUCCCAAAAGAUGGAGGAACCCAGGGGCUGGGUGCUGCCAGCUGGGGAUGGGGGCCCUGCAGCUCCCUCCCCCCCACCGUCCCCAUGGUGCUAAGGCCCCAGAGCAGGAAAUCGGCCCCUGCAACCAGCCCUGGGGUCUCCAGCCCCCCCUGUAUCCCCACCUGGCCAUGGGGCUGCAGGAGGGACUGGAGCUGCCGCACAACCUCACCUAACCUGCAUCCCUCCUGCCCCUCCUCACACUGGGCUGUACUUUUAACUUGGUUUUUUUUUUGGUAUUUAUUUUGCUUUUUAAUAUUUGUAAAUAAAACUCCUGGAUCUCCUCCUUCC